AUGUAAAAUCAUUGUGACUUAAUACUUAAUGAAAGAGGAGUUUUAUGGUUGGGAGAUUGUGAAUCAGCAUUUAAUGCAGAGUUCCUAAAAAUUAAAGGAAUCAGAACUGUUAUAACCGUGGCAGCAGGAUUAAAGUUAAAACUUGAUGGGAUAGUGCAUCACAUAAUAGAGAUACUUGAUAGUGAAACAGCGAAUAUUUCACGAUAUUUUUAAAUUGCUAAUGAAUGGAUAGAAAGAGGACUUAACAUUGGUGCUGUUUUAGUUCAUUGCAUGGCAGGCAUCUCCCGUUCGGCUGCUAUAGUAAUUAGUUAUCUGAUUGAAAAGAAGAAGAUGAGUUAUAAUUAAGCCUUGUCUUUUGUAAAAUCUAAAAGACCCUAAAUUAAUCCAAAUAAGGGUUUUAGCAACUAAUUAUAAGCAUUUAGUGCAAAAUUCUCUUAACCCCCAUUGUGCAAAAACACAAGGACCAACAAUUUCUAACAAAAUCAAGAAUACUAUGAAUGCAAUCAUUAUUUUCCAAUGAAUCGGAAGGGAUCAGCAAGAAUCUUGCAACAAAAUAUGAACUUUUAUAAAUCAAUAACUAAGUCUUUAUCUUAGAGUAAGAAUAGCAAUAAAUGAGUUUAAUUUAUUCAUUUCACCUAUCAAAAAUGAAUCUUUUUCA